AUGAACGGCCGAGCCCUUUGCAUCCUCACCAAGAACGACUUCCCACUCCGCUCCCUGGCUUCAGCUGACGUUCUGUAUGAGUUGCUCCAGUACAUCAAGACCCAGCGGCAAGCUGUGGCAUGUGGGCCCUUUUUCGGAAGAGCUUUCAGGCAGAGGGUGCCCACUCAGCCCUUCCCCUGCUGCCUGGAAGGGGCUGGAGGAGAUCGGGGCCUCCUGCAGCAGCCACCAGCCCUGGGGCUUGCCAGCUCCUUGAGCCAUGUGGAUGCCCCUGGCCUGGCCAGCUGGCCCCUCAGCAGGCAGGAGUCCCUCAGUUUAUCUCACUGUGUGGAGCUCAGCUGCAGGGCUGAGGGAGUCUCCUCCUUCCCCACGAUGCCACAGGCCCCCAUUGAUGGCAGGAUCACUGACUGCCAGCUGCUGUGGGAUUACAAGUAUCAGCUGCUCUCUGACACCUGGUACCAGCCCUACAUCAAGUGGGAAGACAAUAAUGCCAAGAUCUUCUGAGUUGUGGAUCCAAAUGGGCUUGCCAGAUUCUGGGGAAACCACAAGAAGCAGGUGAACGUGACCUAUGAGAAGAUGUCACAUGCCUUGUGCCCCUACCAUAAUCUGAACAUCAUUAAGAAGGAACCCAGGCAGAAACUCCUGUUCAGAUUUCUGAAGACACCCAGGAAGAUCAAUCAGGACAAGGGCAACAGCAGGGAGCUUCUGGAGAGCCAGGAGCAGGACAGAGUGGACUUUAAGGAGGAGAUGCUGGAAGUCUCUCUGUGA